AUCUUGCGUGCGCCUCGUGCUCGGCAGUUGUCUAGCUCUACCUCUCUCUCUCUAUAUAUAUUACACGCAUGCCACUCCUGGUAGCUGCCCUGCCCUCACAACACCUCCCGCCCUCUCCCACGCCCGCACCAACGCCCACACCUUCCGUCCUCGGUCUCCAAAUUCUUGCCAAGAACAAAGAUCUCCAUUCGUGAGUACCAAUGGCUCCAGCAGCAGCAUCUUCAGAUUCAUUAAAGCCUAGAGAUGUUUGUAUUGUUGGUGUUGCGCGCACGCCAAUGGGUGGCUUUCUUGGUACUCUUUCAUCUUUAUCAGCCACCAAGCUUGGAUCUAUAGCAAUUGAAUCUGCUCUAAAGAGAGCCAACGUUGCUCCAUCACUUGUACAAGAAGUUUUCUUUGGAAAUGUUCUCAGUGCUAAUCUAGGGCAGGCUCCUGCUAGACAAGCUGCAUUAGGUGCAGGAAUACCUAAUUCAGUGGUCUGUACUACCAUUAACAAAGUUUGUGCAUCAGGGAUGAAAGCAACCAUUCUUGCAGCACAGAGUAUCCAGUUGGGCAUAAAUGAUGUUGUCAUAGCUGGUGGCAUGGAAAGCAUGUCUAAUGCGCCUAAAUACCUGGCAGAAGCGAGGAAGGGAUCUCGAUUUGGACAUGAUUCUAUUGUUGAUGGGAUGCUAAAAGAUGGGCUGUGGGAUGUUUACAAUGAUUAUGCAAUGGGAAAUUGUGCAGAGUUAUGUGCAGAUCAACAUUCAAUAACAAGGGAGGAGCAGGAUUCCUAUGCUAUCCGGAGCUUUGAGUGUGGUAUUGCUGCUCAAGCCAGCGGUGCCUUUGCAUGGGAAAUUGUUCCGGUUGAAGUAUCUGGGGGAAGAGGAAAACCAUCGGCAAUUAUUGACAAGGAUGAAGGUCUCGGAAAGUUUGAUGCUGGUAAAUUAAGGAAGCUCAGGCCAAGUUUUAAAGAGAAUGGAGGUUCGGUGACUGCCGGCAAUGCUUCCAGUAUCAGUGAUGGUGCUGCUGCAUUAGUUUUAGUGAGUGGAGAGAAGGCGCUAAAGCUUGGGCUGCAAGUAAUUGCAAAGAUCACGGGGUAUGCCGAUGCUGCCCAGGCACCCGAGUUAUUCACAACAGCUCCAGCCCUUGCUAUACCAAAAGCUAUUACAAAUGCUGGAUUGGAGGCUUCUAAAAUUGAUUUCUAUGAAAUAAACGAAGCCUUUUCUGUUGUCGCCCUUGCGAAUCAAAAACUGCUUGGACUCAGCCCAGAUAAAAUUAACGUGCAUGGUGGAGCUGUAUCCUUGGGACAUCCUUUGGGUUGCAGUGGAGCCCGUAUCCUGGUCACCCUUCUUGGGGUGCUAAGACAGAAAAAUGGGAAAUAUGGAGUUGGUGGCGUUUGCAAUGGGGGAGGAGGUGCUUCUGCACUUGUUGUAGAGCUUGUGUGAGAGCCUUCUCUAUGGUGUGGGCAAGUAGGGCUGCUCAAAUAGAGCUACUCCUAGACAAAUCUACUAGAAGUGUCACUCAUUUUGGUCAUCAACCUAGAACUCUAGUAGAAGUUUUUGAAUUUCUUUUGGGCUGUGUUUGUAGUAGACUGUUGCAGAAAAUAAAAGAUGAUGUAGAAAUUGCAGAUUCAAGCGAGCAGUCUUUAACUCUCAA